CAUACCGGCGUUGUUGUAGGGGGUAAAUAAAUACGAUGCCUCUGAUUGGGAGAUGCCCCUCAUAUGCAUCACGACUUAGACGGGGUAACGACGAACACGACGAACUGGGGAAAUGCAACCGGAUCUUGCAGAUUCUUCUUCGGGUGAUACUGAUAAUACCCCAAAUCUGGGGUAUAAUAGAGUAGUCAUAAUCGGUACCUCUUAGGAGGGGUGUACAUUUAAAUGGGUAUUGGAUCGCAGAUAAACCGCUGAAGGGGCAUUCUUACCUUUCAAACUUCAUGAUCGCUAUAUGAUAAUAAUGAUGGCAUGGUCUUUACUCUUCCUAGGAUUAAACUUCUCGAUACUUAUCAGCGGUGUUAUCUCAACACCGUCACCACUUGUUGAGAGAAUAUGGAAGGGUACCAAGUAUGGUUGCAAGUGCUACUUUGGCGACGAAUGCUGGCCGAGCGAUAGUUCUUGGGACGAACUGAAUUCAACUGUCAAUGGAAACCUUUUGGUUCAUAUCCCACCCGGUGCAUCCUGUCACAAUACAUUUGAAGGUCCUCUUGGUACAGUCUCAACCUACGACGCUGCCACUUGUGCGGAGGCGACAUAUAAGUGGUUUAACGAAUCAUGGACUGUCGAGAAACCCGCAGCAGGAUUAUGGACAUACUUUACAAAUGAUACCUGUCGCCCCACUGCUGAUCCAGCUGCCCCUUGCACACUCGGAUACUAUGGAGUGUAUGUGAUACGAGCUCAGUCUAAAGACCAUAUAAAGGCGGGUGUGGAUUUCGCUAGAGAAAAUAACCUGCGACUGAUUAUUCGAAACACCGGCCACGACUUCAUCGGACGUAGUACUGGCUGGGGAGCCUUGGUAAUUAAUACGCAUAGCUUCCAAGAUGUCGAAUUCACAACCGAGUACGAUGGUCCUGGUGAUUACAAGGGAGGUGCUGUAACGAUAGGGGCAGGAGUUCAAGGCCGAGCUCUACUCACGCAAGCCCAUGCUCAGAACCCGCCAGUAACGGUUUUAACGGGAGAAUGUCCAACUGUCGGAGUGGCCGGCGGACUUGUCCAAGGUGGUGGUCAUGGCCCGCUUACGCCGCUACAUGGAUUAGUCGCAGACACCGCGCUGUCUUUUGAUGUAGUGACGGCGGAUGGUGAAUAUUUGACCGCGAAUUCGGAAGAGAAAUCAGACCUAUUCUGGGCUUUGAAAGGAGGUGGACCGUCUGCGUUUGCUGUUGUGCUCGCGGUAACCCUCAAAACGUUCCCGGAACAGAAGACAGCGGGCGUCUUCCUCAAUAUCAACUCAACACUUACCAGCGACACGGAUCUAUUCUGGGAGGGCGUUAGGUCAUUCCAUAAGUACGCGAAUAAUAUCGUAGCAGCCGGGUUAUAUGCCUACUUCGAACUCAUGACAUUACGUCUGCACGUACAACCUAUCGUCGGAGUCGGGAAGACCGCGGCGGAAGUGGAAGCUAUCCUCCAACCUGUAUUUGACGAGUUCAAGGCUAAAGGAAUACCUUAUGAUACAGGUAGCAAGGAUUUUGAUACACUAUUCGACCUGUACAUCGACAUGUUCGAAGACGAGACUUCCGGUACUUCAGCUCUUACGGGUGGAUGGAUGUUUACUCACCAAGAUGUCGAAGAAAAUAAUGACGAGAUCAUAGAGGCGUUCAAGACAGUCGCGUCACCGCGCGAUGACUUGAAGGGUCAGGGAUUUAUUAUCGGUCAUCUCUGGGAUGCUGGUCUGAACAUGCCGGUGUCGAAUAGCGCGACAAACCCGCGGUUUAGACAGUCUACGAAUUUUGCUAUCGUCGCAUUACCGGUCCCAUACGGGGCAACUUGGGAUCAGAAAGAGGAUCUCCAGAACGUGCUCACCAACAUCCAAGAUGCUGCUAUGAGGAAAGCUGGUCCAAACGGAUGUGCCUACGUGAAUGAGGGAGACCCGUAUCAACCUGAUUGGCAAGAUCGGUUCUGGGGUACUGAAUAUCCGAAGCUGCUGGAAAUACGCAAGAAAUGGGAUCCGCAGGGGGUCUUUUAUGCGGUCGCAACGCCGGGAACUGAGGACUGGGAGGUGAUCGAAUACGGUACAAGACUAUGCCGUAGAAUUUAAUGAGUGGUUGACUGUAACUAGGACAGAGUUGUAGGAGAAGCAAUCAAAACUACUAGAAGUUGUUGUACGUAUUGAUUUGCCCUUUGCGACACGUCUGGAUUAUGCUAGAAGACGGCUGGUUCGUGAUUUAAACCAGACCGGCGUCUUCCAUGGCGAAGAGAGGUGAGAAGUAAGAUGAGAAGUGAGAGGUGAGAAAUGAGAUAUUAUAAUCGAAUUCAAGUUUGAAUGGUAGGAUACCCUCAUAUCAAUUAAUUUCCAUUCGUAUCCAUUCGCAGC